AAAACGGCAAAUAAAACCGACGAAGAAGAAGAAUUUGCAGAAGAAGAAAACUGCUUCCGGUGUCCUGUCCGCUGUGUUGUGGACAUGUAACCAAACAAACAUGUUUAAUUUAAAGACGCUACAGAGAAAUAAAACGGUGAAAUAUGGACUCCCCAUGAUACUGCUGGUUGUCGGGGGCUCCUUUGGCCUCCGGGAGUUCACACAGCUCAGAUAUGAUGCUCAGAAGAUCAGACAAAGGCUGGAUCCGGACCUGGAGGCUAACAUGGACAUGAAGAGGCCGUCGGUCACGCUGGAAGAGGAGUACGAGAAGAUGAAGGAAAAUAAUUUGGACGAGUGGAAGAACAUCCGUGGUCCACGACCGUGGGAGGACUCACGGGAGUACCAGGAGCAGCAGCGCAGGAGCAAAACGGACUGAGGCACCAGAAGAACGUGGACCACAGCAGAACAGGAGGUCCACUUCAUCGGCUUCAGGGUCUGGACUCAGCCGGACUGCUGGUGGUUUUGGUCGGACCUGAAUGUUUGGUGUGUUCUUCUGCUUGGACACUCUCAGAACUUGUGGUUGGUAAAUGUCUGUCACGUGAGAAGAGUCAUGUUAAAGUAGAACCAGCAGGUGGCGCCAAACCAACCUUCUCAACAGCACAAAGAAAAUGUUUUAGCCUCUAAGACUCAUUAGCUUCACCUGUUCAGGUGCUGAACUCAGUCAGCCAAUCGUAUGACAGCAUUUCAGUGCGUUCAUCUAGUGGAGAUCAAGAAGAUCCCAGUGGACCAGAAUGCACUUUUCCUUCAUCCUGAGGCUC